GUUCGCUCAGUUCUGAACAAAGAUUCAAACAGUCAAAUAAGUAUCAAGUAUUCCGAACUUCCUUACUUAAAGGCCUGUAUCCGUGAAUCACUUCGCCUUUACCCUAUUGUCUCCGGAGUUCACCGCAAACUGGACCACGACGUUGUGAUGUCCGGAUACAUGAUACCAAAAAACACAGUCUUGCGGACCGAAAUGUUUGUCAGUGGGAGACUGGAAGAGAACUUCACAAGAGCUUCUGAAUUCAUCCCAGACCGCUGGCUUCGUGCCAACGGUGAUCGGGCCGGUGAACUUCUGGAAGAGUGGACGCAUCACCCUUUCGCUUCCCUACCAUUCAGCACUGGUGUACGGAUGUGCAUCGGACGAAGAAUAGCCGAGAUGGAGCUCUCUGUACUUAUUGCAAAGGUGCUGGAAAGAUUCAGAGUGGAGAAUCACCAUGGGGACAUUGGCUUCCUUUCACAGCUUACAAGUCGCCCAAAAAAACCGGCCAGAUUCCGCUUCAUUGAACUCUAGUAGGAAAUGCAUACGCAAAGGCGACAUUUUUGAGUAAUUAAUAUUAGCUGUAAUAAAUGGGGUUCCUAAUACAUACAAAUGAACUUAUAUAACUGCAUAUGGUAUUUUAGCUCA